AUGCAUAUGGUGGACAUUCACUCCGCACCUACAUACAUGAUGGGAAGGGAGGAAGAGAGACAAGAUGAAGCUGAUUUAGAGGAUUAUUCGGUAAUCGGGAUGAGAUCGGCGAGGUAUAUGCACUGUAUGCUGCGGUGGUCGGGUAAGUUUGAUGGAGCAGGGAGUAGUAUGAACAGGGAAAGAGAACCUGAUGCAGAGCCGAAAUAG